ACGGGGUAGUUGAACAGUUCACGACAUUCAGUGUGCCUGGAAUAAAGGCCGUUAUAUAAAAAAAACGCUAUUCUUUCUUUAAUGCGUUAUUUAUUGUAUACGUUUCGGUAUAAUUUAAGUAAUUUCACGUUUACUUGUUAGUUUGCUGGUUGAAACGCGCGAGAUGAGCGAAAACGCAGAAAUCACGGGAGUAAUAUCGCCCGAAGAUGCGACCAGAGCGGAGAAAUUUAAAGAAGAAGCGAACGAAUGCUUCAAAAAUCAAAAUUAUAUCAAAGCCAUAGAAUUGUAUUCUACAGCCAUAGAAGUAAACCCUACAGUGGCGGUAUACUAUGGAAACAGAAGUUUUGCUUAUUUGAAGACGGAAUGUUUUGGAUACGCGCUGACGGAUGCGUCGAAAGCCAUAGAGCUGGAUAAAAAUUAUAUAAAAGGAUAUUAUCGUAGAGCCGCAGCUCAUAUGUCGGUUGGGAAGUUCAAACUAGCUCUUAAGGAUUAUAAAACUGUUACUAAAGCAAGACCAAACGAUAAAGAUGCGAUGGUUAAAUAUACAGAAUGUUGUAAAAUAUUAAAAAAAUUAGCCUUCGAAAAAGCAAUUUCUGUAGACGAAAAUAAAAAGAGUAUAGCCAGUAUGAUUAAUUUAGAAGCUAUGGCCAUCGAAGAUGAAUACGUAGGGCCUAAAUUGGAAGAUGGAAAAGUUACGUUAAAAUUUAUGCAGGAUUUGUUAGAAUGGUACAGGAAACAACAGUUAUUACACCGUAAAUACGCGUAUAAGAUUCUUUUAGACAUAAAAACAUUGUUUAUGGCACAACCAAGCUUAGUCGAUAUUACAAUUCCUGAAGAUAGUAAAUUUGUUAUCUGUGGAGACAUACACGGACAAUACUACGAUUUACUUAAUAUAUUUGAAUUAAAUGGAUUACCUUCGGAAACUAAUCCAUACUUAUUCAAUGGAGAUUUUGUAGAUAGAGGCUCGUUUUCCGUAGAGUGUAUAUUUACUUUAUUUGGAUUUAAAUUAUUGUAUCCGAAUCACUUUUUUAUGGCCAGAGGUAAUCACGAAUCUGCUACGAUGAACCAAAUGUACGGAUUCGAUGGAGAAGUUAAAACAAAGUAUUUUUCCCACAUGGCGGAAUUGUUUACCGUGGUUUAUAACUGGCUUCCUCUAGCGCACUGUCUUAACAACAGAGUUCUCGUGAUGCAUGGCGGUCUGUUUUCGAGAGACGACGUCACGUUACAAGAAAUUCGGGAAAUCGAUAGAAACAGACAACCACCGGAGGAAGGAUUAAUGUGUGAAUUAUUGUGGUCCGAUCCGCAGCCUCAACUUGGAAGGGCACCCAGUAAGAGAGGUGUCGGUAUUCAGUUUGGACCCGAUGUAACGCAGAAUUUCCUUACGCUGAACAAUCUCGAUUAUAUUGUGAGGAGCCACGAAGUGAAAAGCAACGGAUACGAAGUCGGUCACGAUGGAAAAUGUAUCACCGUGUUCUCCGCUCCAAAUUAUUGCGAUACUAUGGGCAACCAGGGUGCCUUCAUUACACUUAACGGCAAAGAUAUGAAACCCCAUUUUACAACGUACGAAGCAGUGCCUCAUCCGGAUGUUAGGCCAAUGGUAUAUGCUAAUUCUCUACUAAAAUUCAUGUGCUAGUGGAACGCUCUAGAUACAAGUUGAUAAUUAAAUGAAUAACGAUAAAUGAAUAUGAGUAGACCAAUCAAAGUGAACAAGAAAAAAAUUUUCUGUAUCAUAAUAAAUGCAACGAAGGCAUAAUUAUUGAUGGGUGUAAAAAAUGAAAAACGUUUGCUAGUUUCGACUACUGGCGAACAGACGUAUCAAAUAUUCUUGUCUACGAUAAGAAUGAUA